UGUAUCCACUGACAAUCUCUGGAGGAAGUUAGUGUCUCCGGCUGCAGCGAGUAACAACCUCAGCUCCUCCCGGGCGGCUCUCACUCUCUGACGGGGAGGAAUAGCAGCUCUUCUCGGCGCAUCUUCUCCACGGAUUUAGUCUCUUUUCAGUCGUGCUGUUUGCUUUUUCCGCACACCACCUGGACAGUUUCAAUCGUAUUUUUUCGACCCGCCAGUGCAAAUCUUUGACUUCACCUGUUGCCCGGGGAUGGUGAGAAUCACGGCGCAUAUGUGAGAAUCUCCGCGUCAGUUAAAGAAAAUCACAGCCUUCCUGUUACAUCUUCUAUUUGUCAUUAGUUUAGAUAUAUCGGUAAGUAUCGCGGGCAUGGAUCUGAGACCGGAGCUCCCCUCAGUUUCUUCUGCUUCCCAAGUCCACCCGGGAGCCGCAGCGGCGGCCGCAGCAGCCUCCAUUCCGGUGUCAAUGGCCGGUAACCUGCUGCGCGGCCCUCCGCUCCUCCUGCGCGCGGCCGACAAGUACCCGCGCACCCCGAAGUGCGCCCGCUGCCGGAACCACGGCGUGGUGUCCGCGCUGAAAGGCCACAAGCGCUACUGCCGGUGGAAGGACUGCAUGUGCGCCAAGUGCACCCUGAUCGCGGAGAGGCAGCGGGUGAUGGCGGCGCAGGUGGCGCUGCGGCGGCAGCAGGCGCAGGAAGAGAACGAAGCCCGGGAGCUGCAGCUGCUCUACGGCACUGCGGAGGGACUGGCCCUGGCCGCCGCCAAUGGCAUCAUCCCGCCGCGUCCGAGCUACGAGGUGUUCAGCUCCGUCAACAGCGAGAGCAACUCUGAUUCAAGCAUCCAGAAGUAUGAGCUGUUCCCAAAGAGCCAGCUGGCCGGGUCUUCCACACCUCAGCAGGCUGCAGGGAAGCCCGCUUCCACCGAGAGCGACUCGGCCCCAGGCAUCUCCUCCCCGGACGGACGGCACGGUUCCGGUUCAGAGAACGGCGACAGCGAGUCUUUCAUCAGCUCCCCGGUGUCAAAGCCUCUGAAGGACGGAGAGGAAACUCCGGGCUCCGUCAGCUCCCUUGGCUCUGAUUCGGGCUCUGAGACCGACAAGGACGAGCAGGAGCCCUCCCCGUCCUCCGCGGCCUCCCGGCACAUGAACGCCAUCGACAUCCUGACCCGAGUGUUUCCCACACACAAGCGCAGCGUCCUGGAGCUGGUGCUGCAGGGCUGCGGCAAAGACGUGGUGCAGGCCAUCGAGCAGAUCCUCAACAACAGCGGCGCGCAGGGCCCCAAUAAAGCCGGGCCAGACGAGACGUGGACUGCGGAGAGGCUCCUCCAGAGCGCCCAGCAGCCCCCGCCGGCCUCUGCCACCACAACAGCCCCGACUCGGCCCAUGCUCCCCGGCGCCAUGACGCUGAGCAACCGCUCCGCGUUUUCUCCCCUGCAGCCAAACGCCCCGCACUUCGGCGCGGACCCCAGCACGUACCCUCUGGGUACCCACCUGGGACUGAACCCGCUGCGGCUGGCAUACUCUGCGCACAGCCGGGGCCUGGCUUUCAUGACGCCCUACUCCACCACCGGGCUGAUGCCCACCUUGGGCUUCAGGCCCCCGAUGGACUACGCGUUCAGCGACCUGAUAAGGGACAGGACGAUGCUGCACAAGGAGCAGAGCUACGCCAGCGGCCUGUACGGCCCGCUGGUCAACAACACGCCAGAUAAGCAGUGAGACUGGUGGACCUUUCAGUGAGAUACAUUCCAGUGUAUUUGUAGCCAAAAGUGUUGAAAUCUGUGAUGUGUUUUGGCUACAGGCUGCUGUACAUAAUAGGAUUAUCUGGCUUGUAGUCAAUUGCUCUACGAGGGGAACAAACAAACAAAACACAAAAACAAACAAACAAACAAAAAAAAAACAUA